AUGUCUCCCGAUGACUCCACCACUGAGCCUUUAGGCGAGGAAGAACAGGAUGCUCAGCUUAGCUUCCCGGCGAAGGUCAAGACUGGUUCAAUUGAGGCCGAUUUCCCAGCAAAGGAACCAACUAUAACAGAGCAACCUAUAGCUGAGUCCCACCUCAUCAACGAAUCUGGAAAGGAAAUCAAUGUCCCAACUCUGGAGUUGAAUAUCAGGGUGAAAGCAAGCGAUGCUCAAGUACCAACGAAGCUACCUGCUGAGCCCCAGAUUUUAAAUGCCACCCUCGAAACCACCUCAAUGGAAGUUUAUGUGCCUGCAGAGGAGCCAAUCAUCACUAAAAAGGUUUUAGCUGACUCCCAGGAGACAGUUGAUCCCGCGAGAAAUUCUGGAAUGAAAGCCAACGUUACAGUUCAGGAGUCGAAUAUUGGGGUGAAACCAGAAGAUACCACAACCGAUGCCCAGGUACCUUCUGAGCUACUCGCGAAGGCCCAGAUGUCAAAUUUCAUUCCCGAGGCCAAAGCAAGCCUCCAGGGAAGUGAUAGUACGGAAGUCCAGGCCCAUACUACGGUGACCUCAUCACUCAAACUGGAACCUCCAUCACCCGAGAUUCUGGGAAAGGUGAAAGCUCUCCCAGAACCAAAAACCACGAAAUCGGAAGCUCCAGUACAGAAAGAAGAUCCUACAAGCUCCAAAUCUUUAGAAACACCAAAAUCGCAAGGAAAAGGGAAAGGAAAAGCUGCCAUUACUCCCGGCUCGACUAAAAGCCUUCCGUCUGCCGAGAAAGAUGAGUCCACUCAAAGUAAGCCGAAAGGAUGGCGUAAACCAGCGUUGCGCAAGCCAGCUUUAUCCAAGGAACAGCUUGAACCUCCGGAGAUAGCAAAGACAAACAGAUCAACUCAAAAUCAGCCGACUAGAAGAUCGCGCAAGUCAGCUUUGUUGAAGGAACUUGAAGAUUCUCGGGAAAUAAUUCGACCUCCAGAGAUAGCACAGCCCGAGGCCUCGCUCAAACAUCCACUUCGAGCCAAGCCAGGUGCCUUGACAAAGUCUAAAGUAACUGCAAAUUUUGAAGCAACUGCAAAGAACAUGGUCGCCAAGAAACCUGAAGAAGUUGAAAUGCCCGGCAUGACAAGGGCUUUUAGCCAUGCCAAGGGCAACUUCAUGUCUAAUGCCACUGAAGAUUGGAACUCUGGCUCAGCGGACACGCUUAGCGAGGGCGGAAAGUCCGCCAAAUGCAAGACCUCAAUGUCGAAGCCCGAGCCUGCGCCAAAAGAGGCCACUUCAAAACGCAAAGCCGCAACACAGGCGCCCAAAUCAGCCAAGUCCAGAGCCGCUGUCAAAACAUGGACUCCCGCCACGACUGGGAGCAGCUCUGAUUUAUCGGAUGCACCCGAAGACGAUGAAGAGCCCGCUAAAUCCAAGGCCUCAGCAUCGGCUACCACGCCUACUCCCAAAAAGACUCCCGGCAAAGGAAGACCAGUAGCUCAGGCCCCGGAAGAAGCCAAGUCCAAGGCUUCUGAGAAGGGUAAAGGCCCCUCCUUCGCGAAGGAAGUCACACACAUCGAGGAACAAGGGAGUGAUACACCGAAUCCAAAUACCCGAAAGUCGGCUAUGAAGCGCAAAGCGUCAGCCCUAUGGGAGUCAGCUUCCUCCUGUCCAUCGACUAAGAGACGCAAAGUUUCCUUCCAACUCCAUGAAGCAAUCAGUCUCAAUCCAGACCAUCCAAUUGCACAAGAACUAAAACAUAUCAUGGAAUUGGUCUCAGAAGCCGCGAAAAUUGAAAAGGAGCUUGACACUCCAGAGGCCAAUGUUGUACUGAAGAGACUCACGGAGCGAGACCGAAUUAUUGCGGUCAUCGAGCACCUGAAGGAUAUCCUUUCAAAGGGGAUUUACAUGCAGCCUAAGAACAUCCAGAACGUGCUGCUUGAUGCAUACCGCGAGAAUCUCGGCGAAGACCCGUUCCCCCGUAUCUGUGAAACUGACUUUGACUCUGACGAUGCUGAUCCUCCCACGCCUACGUAUUCCAAGACUCGUGACUAG